AUGGCCACCACGCACUCUCCUCGACCCAUCGCCCUCAUCACCGGCGCAAACCGCGGCAUCGGCCUCGAGCUCGCCCGCACCCUCGCCCGCGACCACAACUUCCACGUCAUCCUCGGCUCUCGCACGCUCUCCUCCGGCGCCUCAGCCGUCUCGCAGCUCCAAUCCGAAGGUCUCUCCGUCGAAGGCAUACCCAUCGAUCUAUCCUCGGACAAAUCCAUCAUCUCAGCCUCGCAAGCUCUAUCUAGAACGCACGAUAGGCUAGACGUCCUCGUCAACAAUGCCGGUAUUUACGAAGCGCUCUCUGGCUUUCCGGAGCUGGGAGAUCUAAGGGAGAAGUAUCAUUCUACGUUCGAAACGAACGUGUUUGGAAGCGCAGUCGUGACGGAAGCUUUUCUCCCGCUUCUUGAGAAAGCGCCAGUGCCACGUAUUGUCUUUGUCUCGUCCGUCCUGGGGUCUAUAUCCGACCGGUUGAAUCCCGAAGCGAAAUUUGCAGCAUGGGAGGGCUAUGUGUAUUGCGCGAGUAAGGCUGCGCUGAACAUGGUGGCUGCGACGUAUGUCAAAAGGUUUGGAGCGAAGGGGUGGAAGAUCAACGUUGCGUGUCCGGGGAGCGUGAGUACGGGGCUGAAUGGGUAUCAGGGGGCGAAGUCAACGGUGGAGGCGGUGCCUAAUCUGGUGAGGCUAUGUUUGCUGGGAGAGGAAGGGUGGACGGGGACGUUUACAGAUGAGGAAGGGGGUAUUGGGUGGUGA